AUGGUCCAAGCCGAGUCCUCCAAAGCUGCCGAGCGUAAUGGCUUGCGCUCUGUUACAGCAGGGGCUCCUGCAGACUACGAGCUCCCCUGGGUCGAAAAAUACAGACCCGUUUUUCUUGAUGACAUCGUUGGAAACACGGAGACGGUAGAACGGCUGAAGAUUAUCGCCAAGGAUGGUAAUAUGCCUCACGUUAUUAUCUCCGGGAUGCCGGGAAUUGGAAAAACAACAUCGGUCCAGUGUCUGGCUCGGCAAUUACUGGGGGAUGCGUACAAGGAGGCGGUACUCGAAUUGAAUGCAAGUGAUGAGCGAGGUAUCGACGUGGUCCGGAAUCGAAUUAAGGGUUUCGCUCAAAAAAAGGUCACUUUGCCACCGGGGAGGCACAAGUUGGUUAUUCUCGAUGAAGCUGAUAGUAUGACCCCCGGCGCACAACAAGCCCUGCGCCGAACCAUGGAGAUUUACUCCACCACGACCCGUUUCGCAUUUGCCUGCAAUCAGUCCAACAAGAUCAUCGAACCCUUGCAAUCCCGCUGUGCCAUUCUACGCUACGCCCGUUUGACUGACGCCCAGGUCGUCAAGCGAAUCUUGCAGAUCUGCGAGGCGGAACAGGUGCAACACUCGGAAGAUGGAAUCGCCGCACUGGUCUUCAGUGCCGAGGGAGACAUGCGGCAGGCGAUCAACAACUUGCAAAGUACUUGGUCCGGUUUUGGCUUUGUGAGCGGAGACAACGUCUUUCGCGUGGUCGACAGCCCUCACCCGGUCAAGGUACAGGCAAUGAUUAAAGCUUGCUGGGAGGGGAAAAUGACGUGGGGGGGAAAAAUCGAUGCUGCAUUGGAGAUUCUGAAUGAGCUCUGGACGCUGGGUUAUUCAUCCCACGACAUCAUCAGCACCAUGUUCCGCGUCACAAAGACCAUCCCGACUCUCUCAGAGCAUUCCAAGUUGGAAUUCAUCAAGGAGAUUGGAUUCACGCACAUGCGGAUCUUGGACGGUGUUCAGUCGCUCCUCCAGCUGAGUGGAUGCGUUGCCAAGCUUUGCAAGAUCAACAUGAAGCCGGAACUGUUUAAGCCCAUCCAGGUUUGA